GCGCCAGCAGCACAUCCAGGAAGCCGGCUUCAUCAGUCAUGAUCCGCAGCAGCGCAGGUCCUGCGCAUGAAUUCGCGCUCUGCGAAGUUGAGCUGCAGGUCGCCCCAGUUCCUUGCGACUUGCUUCUUGACAAGGGCUGGAUCAUCCAUGGUCGCACGGUCUUCGUUUUCCCUCCAGAACAGGCGCAUCGAGCAAAGCUGGAGGGCGCUGGCGAAGCUUGCGAGCGAGCUGGUGGCA